GGGGCGCUCGCACAAGAUGGCGGUGGGGCGGCGGGAGAGCGCGCUCCCCUCGUAGAUGCGGCCGCGGCGGUCCCUGCUCCCGGCGCCCGGCGGGGCUUACAUGGCGCUGGAGGACCUGCUGCUUUGUCUCUGCUUCUCCGUCCUCGCCGUCCUGGCCGUGCAAGGGAGCCUGUUGGAAGGGGAUUCCCUGGACCUGAGCUGUAGUGCUGGUCCUGCAAAGGUGAUACUGGAGCCAAACCAAGAAGUGGUUUUGGACUGUAACCUGACCCCUGCCGAGCAAGUGAUCAACAUCACAUGGAAGAAGAAUGGGUUUCCAUUAGUGGAGCAGGAACAUCUCCACGUGCUUCCGAAUGGAUCGCUCUUCAUCUCAUCCCAGGCUGUGGCAAAAGACAGUAAAAAUCCCGGUGCUGAGGGGAAUUACUCCUGCGUGUCUCACAGCUCCCUAGGGACUGUCACCAGUCAGACGGCUGCAGUCAGGUUUUCAACAUUGUCACGCUUUUUCCAGCAGCCGGAGUCGCAGACGGUGGAAGAAAAUGGCAUGGCCCGGUUUGAGUGUCGGAUCGAAGGGCUGCCCUCCCCUGUCAUCACGUGGGAGAAGGACCAUGAAGCUGUUCCAGCAGAACCCAGGUUUAUAACUCUUCCCAAUGGUGUCCUCCAAAUCGUGGAUGUGCAGGAGAGUGAUGCUGGGGCUUAUCACUGCGUGGCCACCAACGCCGCCCGAAAGCGCUACAGCAACGAUGCCACCCUGAGCGUGGUGAAAGGCUCCCAGCCAGCAGGAGGAGAUGUCACCAUUGUGGCUGCUCCGGAGAACACCACAGUGGUGGCAGGGGAGAGUGUGGUGAUGGAGUGUAUGGCGGCUGCUGAUCCCACCCCCUUCGUGUCCUGGAUACGACAGGAUGGAAAGCCCAUUUCCACAGAUGUGAUUGUGCUGGGCAGGACCAAUCUCCUCAUUCCCUCCAGCCAGCCCCAUCACUCCGGGGUGUACGUCUGCCGGGCCAACAAACCCCAAACCAGGCAGUUCGUUACCGCCGCCGCCGAGCUCCGGGUCCUUGCGACUCCCAGCAUCUCCCAGGCUCCUGAAACCAUCUCCCGCACCCGAGCCAGCACGGCCAGGUUUGUGUGCAAGGCGGAGGGGGAGCCAGCCCCCACCAUCCACUGGCUGAAGAACGGGGAGCCCAUCCUGUCCAACGGGCGGGUGAAGGUGCAGAGCAGCGGGAGCCUGGUCAUCAACCAGAUCGGCCUGGAGGACGCCGGCUACUACCAGUGCGUGGCUGAGAACAGCCUGGGCACGGCCUGUGCCACGGCCAAGCUCUCGGUGAUCGUGCGGGAGGGUUUGCCCAGCGCUCCCAAGAAGGUGUCGGCCGUGUCCCUCUCCAGCACCACAGUGCUCGUGUCCUGGGAGCGCCCGGAGCACAACAGCGAGCAGAUCAUCGGCUUCUCCUUGCACUACCAGCGGGCUGUGGGAACAGAUAACGUGGAAUACCAGUUUGCUGUCAAUAAUGACACCACUGAGCUGCAAGUCAAGGACCUGGAACCCAAUACCAACUAUGUCUUCUACGUGGUCGCAUAUUCCCAGCUCGGAGCCAGCCGGACAUCCUCUUCCAUCAUUGUCCAGACCCUGGAAGAUGUUCCCAGUGCUGCCCCUCAGCUGUCCCUGUCCAGCAUGACUCCUGGUGACAUCCGUGUGACGUGGCUGCCUCCUCCUCCAGAGCUGAGCAACGGCAAGAUAACCAAGUACAAGAUCGACUACUGCACCCUCAAGGAAGAUCAGGUCACCUCCAUCGAGGUGGGUGGAAAUGAGACCCAGAUCACGCUCUACUCGCUCCAUCCCAACAAAGUGUACAAAGUCCGGAUCGCAGCCAGCACCAGUGUGGGAUACGGGGCCCCCUCCGAGUGGACCCAGCACCGGACUCCUGACAGAGACAACCAGACACACGUUCCAUUUGCCCCAACGGAAUUAAAAGUCCGAGCGAAGAUGGAGUCUCUCCUGAUAACGUGGCAGCCCCCAGCCAACCAUGCCCAGAUAUCUGGCUACAAGCUCUACUACCGAGAAGUGGGCCCAGAGGAGUCCAGCAACGAGAGCCCCUUGGAUGGUGCUGAAGAUGAGAGCUGGGACGUAGGACCCAUAAAACUCAAGAAGAAAGUGAAGCAGUACGAGCUGACUCGACUAGCUCCUGGGAAACUCUACGAGGUGAAGCUGGUGGCAUUCAACAAGCACGAGGAUGGUUAUGCAGCUGUUUGGAAGGGCAAAACAGAGAAGGCACCAGCGACAGCAGUAGAUCCCCCUGUGCAGAAGGGUCCUCCUCUGCCUCCAGUCCAAGUCUAUGCAGAGUCCAACAGCUCGACUUCCAUAUGGCUCAGGUGGAAGAAGCCUGACUUCACAACAGUCAAAAUUGUCAACUACACCGUGCGCUUCAGCCCCUGGGGCCUGAAGAAUGCCUCUCUUGUGACAUACUACACCAGCUCUGACGAAGACAUUCUCAUCAGUGGGCUGAAGCCCUACACCAGGUAUGAGUUUGCCGUGCAGUCCAACGGCGUCGGCAUCGACGGCCCCUUCGGCAGCGUGGUGGAGCGCUUCACCCUUCCCGACCGCCCCUCCACUCCCCCGUCUGACCUGCGGCUGCACCCGCUCAACCCCUACGCCGUGCAGGUGCACUGGUGCCCGCCCGUGGAGCCCAACGGCAUCAUUGUGGAGUAUCUCAUCCUGUACAACGCCAACAACACGCAGCCAGAUGACAUGUGGACCUUGCUGACGCGAGAAGGAAAUAUCUUCAGCACUGAAGUGCAUGGCCUGGAAAGUGAUACAAGAUACUUUUUCAAGAUGGGAGCAAAGACAGUUGUGGGAUCCGGUCCCUAUUCCAACGUUAAGGAUGUGCACACCCUCCGGGAGAAGUUGUCUGAUGUCCUGGAUAUUCACUCUGUCACAGGGAUCAUCGUGGGGGUCUGCCUGGGGCUGCUCUGCAUCCUCUUCUGCAUGUGUGCCAGCUUCCGGAACAGCAAGCACAGGGAGGCCCUGCCAGGCCUGGAUUCCCAGGCUGCUGGCAACCACACGUACUACCACCGGAACAGGCAGGGGAUGGCUGCUCCCAGUGCCACCCUGGACUCACAUGAGCUCGAGUCCCUCAUGUCCCCACUCCCAGAGGAUGCACCCGUGCCCCUGGGGGACAUCACAGAGCUGACAGAGGUGCACAGCCUCAUCCACACGAGCCUCCCCGAGGACGUUGUCCAUGGGAAGAGGAAGCAAGGGUCACUGGGAAGCAGCUGCAGGCUGGAGAGCAGGGUUGUCACCAAUGCCGAGCAGGGAGGGAACCUGUCUUCAUGGAACAAAUCAGCCACCCAGCCCUGGACAAACAGCAUUGCCAGAUACGGGGACACCAUCACCAAGGAGCCCCUCUCUGCUGUGAACGGGUCACUCAAGCUCCCCUCCAGCACAGGGCAGAAGCUUCUGUUACAAGCUCUGGUUUAUGAUGCUGUGAUGCAUGAAACAAAGAAAAGCCACCCACCAGCCAACCUCCACCAAGUGGAAGCAGAGGUCAUUGUCCAUUCUGAUUUUUCAGCCUCUGACAGAGACUAUGACUCCCAGCUGCACACCCUGGAGAGUGAAGAGACAGAAAUCGAGGACCAGGAGCCUGCAGAGCUCCCCUCAGGAGAGCUGGCUCUUCCUGGCUCUCCCAGCUCCCAGCAGGACACAGGCAAAGUGUUGGUGGACUGCACAGGGAAUUUGGAGGCUCAGGCCCAGGCUGACACAAAGACUAACAAACCAGAGGCUGUUUGCAUCCCUGGGCUCACCAAUGGCUUCCACAGCCAUGGAGAAAGUCUGGAUUCAGUGGAGAGUGGAGACUCGGACUCCAUCCAGGAAGGCGGGCGGGAUGUGCAGCCAGUCAAGGGCCAGUUGCUUUCCACGGCCCCGGAGGAGGCCCCGCUCUGCAGUAACUCUGGUUUAACCAGUCCAUCCUCAGCAUCUGAGAACAUGGCACGUGUCCACAGCCACACAGAGUGACCUGACCCGGUGCUGAUCACGGCAGAGCUGUGAGGUGCUGCCUGCCCUCGGCUCAUGGAGCCCAGCAGGAGCUGAGCGGGCACAGCAUCUCCCAGAGCGGGGCUCGGACCCCUCAGCUGGGCACACGCCUGCAGGAAACCAGGAGGUACCUUGGGCAGGGCCGUCUCCUUCCCGCUGAAGCUGGUGAGUAGCUGGGUGUUGGUGAGAGCAGGAUCGAGCCAUCUGCCAAAGCUUGAUGCAGAGAACCACGAUGGAACGGAGCCUUUCUGCGCUAGACUGGGGCUGUCACUUCUCUGGAGUCCUCCAGGCGACUGGCAAGACGUCGUGUAAUGCUGGGAAGUGGCAGAGCACACUGAGUGAUCCUCCUCAACUGCCUCUGCACCGGGAGCGCCUUGGCACUGCCAACUGUGCCUGGAUGGAUCCUGUCACGGGAGUCCCGGGAGGGGGUGGAAGCCGAUGGAAACAAAUGCAGUGAGCUGCAACCACCAGCCUUUUCUGCCCUCCCGUGGUUAGAAGGAUUCCCAGGCUCUCUGUAACUUCUACUAGCAGGCUGAUGUAGUGGCCUUUUAUUACACACUCUACGAGUGCCUCUAACAACUUGUACUAUAUAGAACCUUGUGCAGCGUCUGGGUCAUUUCACCAGCCUGGACUUUGUUUUAUGUAGGUUCUUGUACCUAAUAUUUUAGGUACACAUCUGUCCUUUUAAUGUACAACAUGUAUUUUUAUUUCCUUGGAACAUCUUUAUAUUAUUUAAUUUUAUAAAGUGGAAUAGUGUGUGGUAUAGAGUAGCAUUUUUACUACUUCUCUCUUUCUUUAUUUUUUCCUCCCUAACAACACAACUACCUCAUGUCUGUUGGAGAAAAAAAAAGAAAGCAGUAAGAUCUACUCUUUUGUUAUAGUCCAUUAUAGGUUUUAACUUAUUCUUAUACUGCCUUUUUCUAAAGAAUAUGUUUGCACUGGUUGUUGACUCUUUUUUAACACAUAGUGCUGCAGAUCUGAUGUGUCUCUUGCUUUGUUUCUUUGACACCUUCCCUACAGCCUGAGAGUUGGGUUGUGUCUCUCUGUAGGACUGUGUUUUGCAGAAACUGCCAAAGGAGACUGCUCCAGCUGGGGGGAUGUCGAUCCAUCUCUCAUUAAAGAGCUUAUACUAACGAAGAGAAAGAAGAACCAACAAUUGCAAAAGUAACUUGCGAUCUUGGGGACAUCUAUUUCAUUUUUUGUGUGUGCCCAAGAGGAGACAUCUCAGAUGGUUUUGAUUUCCAGAAAGCAGGACUCAGCCUUCUGUAAGCAGUGGACUAGCUGAAGGCUUUGGAUGAACAAGUGAAAUUUUCCAGUCACUUCUGAGAGUCCUGGCCAAAGUGCUUUUGGGUGGAUCUUUUUUUUGAAGAGCAGAGCACUACCAGAGCUUUAAAAUGAAAAUCAAAUCUUUGGUCUCAUACCAGUCAGUCUGGUUUGAAAAUCAUCCGGUGACUGCUGAUGAUGCUGUUUGCUUACUGCUGACACAUCUCUCAGCCUGGCCCUGCUUGGAGUGGACUUUUCUCCACCUUUUCUUUAGCCCUGCUCCAGGCUGCAGAGUUUGACUGCAAAUGGUACCCAUUGGACCAGCUCCGCAGGCGUAACAAGCAUUGGUAACUCUGGUCAUGAGUGUUUGGUAAAUGUUUUGCCUUCCUGGAGGAUUCAGAGAUCUGGCCAUUUGUUUAUUUAAAAAAUGAAGGAAAAUAUGCCCAUCUCCCUAAUUUCUUUUUGGAAUUCCCCCAAAGCUCUGUGGGGGAGCCGUGUGCUGACCUGAGAUCCUGUAGAAGACUUCAGGAUUUGUUUUUUGUGGUGAAAUCUGGAUGGAGGUACCACUGCUUGCAGCAAGGAGAACCUCACUCUGCCAGCACCCUGUCCCUGCAUCUGUUGUGAGGAGCCAUGUCACAGUGUGCCCUGUGUGGAGCUGAGCUGGACCAGCCCAUGUCCCUGCAAUCCAUCACACCCUGUUAGCUCCAGCUCUUCAGCAGAGGAGAACCUCCAAGCCUCCAUGUACCCUGUUGGGAAGGAUAUUGGAGCUUCCACCUCUCCCCAGCCUGCAGCCCGUCCUCCCAGCACCACACACUGUUCUGGUAACUGGCUGGAUUUCCAGUCGUUGCGCUCACUCUGUUUGCUCAGGUGCUGCUUGGUGUCUUGAGGAGUCUCAGAAAUACUGUUCCAUUCUCUGAAGAGCCAUAACUCUGGAAUGCUGUGGGACAGAGACUGGAAAUUGGUGCCAGCGAGCUUGUGAGGCAGGAGUUAGUGUGCUACCAGAGCAAGGAGCUAGAAAGGCAGAGGAUAAUAACCCCCAGACCCCACUGCCACAAGACUUUGAAACUCAUGACUCAGCAGGGUACAGCUAAGGCAGUGCAGUGUUAUUGCAGGCAAAUAGGGGCAAUUCACAUUCUGUGGGAGUGGAGGCAGAGGCACAAACCCUCCAGCUGGGCAGUGUUGGGCUGCAGAGGGUGGGGGGAUGUUCUGCAGGUGGGCCUCAGUUCCCAGUUAUUUCCAUGGAACAGUCCUUGCCCUUCCCUAGUGACAGGACAGGCCCUGCACAAGCCAUGUUGCCACUGCUGGGGUGCAGAAAGGGAGGAGGACACUUCUGCAAAAUGCUCACUCUAGGGGAACCACUCCAGGGGAGCCCUUGGUUACUUCCUUUCACCUCCCAAACCAGUUCCUGUGCCCUCACACACGUCAGUGUGCUGAAGGACCGCUCCUGCUGAGCAUCCUGGCCAUCAGAGGGCAGUGCCAGGAGCAGUUUGGCCAGCAGCAGGUAUGACCAGAGCACCAGAGUUCUCCUCCCAGCUCCCUGUCAGGACACAGUACCUGGGGCAGGUCAUGGACCAGCCCUGAGCUUUCCAUCCACAGGAUGGAAGGGGAUGGAGGCUUAGUCCAUGGUGGCUGAUAUAGAAAUGUGCCACAGUUUUCAGGGAGCUCCCUUGUACAUGCACCCUCUGCUUUGUCUGUACUGACUUUAGCAAUCCCACAGCCAUGAGCUGAGCUGUGUGAAAGCUGUCCCUGCCUGCCACUGAAGGCAGGCACCAUUCCCCUGGAUCACCUUGGGCCAACCACCAAACCACCACAGUACUUAUGUGCCCCGAGUACUUAUCUUUGGGGGAGAUGCAGGAGAGCACAAACAAUUUUGCUUACACAUCCCAAAAAUACUUUCUCUCCUCAUGCUGAGGCUUGUUCUGGUCUCAUUACACCUCACCAAAUUGUACCAGGAUGCGAGACUGGCAGUGUUUGGACGUCCAAGAACUGUGGUGGCCUUGGGCUCAUACGCCAAACCUCAGCUACAGAAAUCCAGGCCGUUCCCCUGGAGCCAGGAGAUCACCCCUGGCCGACAGCAGCAGAGCUGUCCCUGGACCAACGCUUGUCCACACAGAGUGCUGAGUGUCCGUGUCCAACUCAGCUGUGCUCCAGGUCUCUCUUGCCUGGAACACACGGGGACCUUUCAGCCCCAGCUAGAAAUGAAUUGAAGAAGACACAUAAUACACACUUGAUGUGUAAAGCUGAAACAACCAGUGCAUAUAUUUUUUUAUCAUGGAAUAAGUAGCUUUCUUGCAGAUUUCUCACAGGCACACAAACUGUUGAUACCUUUAAUUACCCAUCAUGCUUAAUAUCUGUUCCUGCACACCAGGCUCCUUUCUCCCUUUUCUUCCUUUCAGUAACACUAAAGAUUAUUGCUGUUCAACUUUUUUGCUGGUGUAUAUUGUUUUACAUUGUUAAAAUGUCAGGUUUGUCUCACUGGCAUAAUUUUGUAGUAUUAAUGUUACUGUUUGGCUACACAACUGUAUAUUCCCCAUGCUGCUGUGAGAGUCACAAUUCUCAACCUUUCAUUUCUUUUCAUUCCUUGUUACGUGAAAAACACGACUCAGAAAACCCUCUAUCAGCUUUUUGUUGAUUUGAUUUCUUACUUAACAGACAGCAAAGUUCUGGUUUAAAUAGUUCAAAUGAGAUAACUUAUAAUUUAGGGUUUGAGAAUCUUUUUACAUUACUAGCUAACAGUCCUGAGAUCAGCCCAUGAAAUAUGCUGUGUAAGAAAACAACCAUUUUACUAGAGCACUGUAUAUGUUUUUGGUCUCAUUAGUAAUAGAUGUUUUGAAGGGAUCAUUGUGUCUUUUCUAAUCAAUACUUUUGUUAGAAAAGUGGUGUUUAGUCCAGCAGAAAUCUGCCAUCUAUUUCUGUUAUUCUAUUCCCUUGCUUGUAUUUUCAAGUUAAAUUUCAUUUAAUUUUCUGCACAGUGCAUAAGGAUGUGUAACCAGAACUUGAUCUUGUUUGAAGGUUGUGUCUGUGUUUGAUUCCAUGCUGUACUUUAUUAUAACUUUCUUUCUUCAGAGACUGUUCUUACUCCACAAAUACUCUUUAGUGUUAAAGUGUAAGAAGACAUUGUCCUUAUAUUCCUUAACUAAUGGGUUAUUAAUAAAAUGUUUUAAAAAAAA